AUCACAUUAACAAUACACCAAAAAAUCAAAACACGUGACAAAUCAACACCCAAUUCCCAAAUUCUCUCCCCUGUUUCACUCUCACCAGGGCACAAACAUUCUUACAUCCCCCGAUUCUCAAGCCUACUCCGUAAUCACAGCUCUGCCUGUCACCCUUUCCUUCUUUCUUCCAACCUCCCACUUUCCUUUUUCUCUCUCCUCCUUCUUUACUUUUUUUUUUCCAUCUUCAUACUUUUGAUUUCAUUAAUAUCCCAUUUUUGGGUUUCUAAUUUUUCAUUCCCCUUUUUCUGGGUUUUCCCUUUUUUGGCCAUCUUGCUAUGAAGAACAAUAUGGGAUGAUGAUGCUCUAAUAGUUUCUGGAUUAAGUGGAGGCCUAAGACAAAGAGAAUUUGCAAAAUUGAUCGGCCUAAGGUUGAUUGGCUUGAGAGAUUGCUGAUCUGCUUAAAUAAUGGGAAGAGUUAAACUGAAAAUUAAGAGAUUGGAAAGCAGUAGCAAUCGUCAAGUAACUUAUUCGAAAAGGCGUACCGGAAUUAUAAAGAAAGCCAAGGAGUUGGCUAUUUUAUGUGACAUAGACAUUGUUUUGCUAAUGUUUUCUCCGACCGGGAAGCCGACAGUAUUCCUUGGAGAGCGUAGCAACCUCGAACAGGUCAUUACCAAGUUUGCUCAACUAACUCCACAAGAAAGGGCAAAAAGGAAAUUGGAGAGUCUUGAAGCAUUAAAGAAAACUUUUAAGAAGUGUGACCAUGAUGUAAAUAUAGAAGAAUUUGUUGCUUCAAGUAGUCAAACGGCUGAGGAGCUCACCAACCAAAUGGGGCUAUUGCAAGCACAAAUUACAGAAGCACAUAAGCGACUGAGUUGUUGGAGUAAUCCUGAUAAGAUUGACAAUGUGGAGCAUCUACGACAGAUGGAAAACUCCUUAAGUGAAUCACUUAACCUAAUUCGAUUACACAAGGAAAAUAUGGGGAAACACCAACUUAUGUCUCUAGACUGUAGUAGCCAGUUCCAGAAUGGAAUGCAUAUGCCUUUAAUGAUGGGUAGUUUGCAAGACUGUCAGCCACUAUCAUGGCUUUCCAGUAAUGAAAGUCAACAAUUGAUGUUACCUGACGACUCAAGCUUUUUGCCUCACAGAGAUAUGAAGUGCACCACCGAUGCAUCUCUUUCUGGAUAUUCUGGAUACUAUGGCGAUGUCAAAACAGAGAUAGAUAAUGCCAGACAGUGUGAGAACACAGGACAAGAGUGUGGUACCUUAAAUGAGCUGACUACAAAUGCAUGCAUGGGAGUUCAAAUUGGUGAGCAAUAUCCAUACUCCCCAUAUGGAAACAUAAAUCUGCCUGAGGAGAAGAAAUUGAUGCCAGAUAACAACGGGGUCAAUUUUCAAGGCAAUAAUCCGAUCGAUUACCAAAUUGCUGGUCAUUUUGAUUUGCCCCGGUCUAUUUAUGAUACAAGGCCUCAACCAUGGAUUCCUACUGCUUUGCCAUGUCCAAUUCCUAUGUUUAAUGAAAAUUCAUACCCAGAGGCCCUAACUACUCCUCUAUUCCUGCAACGGCCGCAAACAGAAGCAUCCACAGAUAUAUUGUAUGAAAAAAUUUAUGAAAAGGAGAUGUUUUGGGGAUUUUUGAAUACCAAAGACUUUGGAGGCUGAAAAAUAAUAUAUGAGCCAUAGAGUUGGCUUCAAAUUUGGCAAAAAGAAUGUCCUUCCUUUGGACUAUCUAACUGUGUCUUGUAAUUCAGAUUCCUCAACAUGUUAAGAGAACAGAAAGUAGGCCUUGGAAUGUCAUUGUUUAGUGGUUUCUCACAGUUUUUCAGUGAUAGUGGGCUUGCAUUUUUGCUUUUAAAUCUUUCAGACAACCUGGUUUAGGAGAAGAAAAAUGUUUCCCUUACCAUCCCUUUCCUCCUCUUCCCUCCAACUUGCCUCAUCUAGAUACAAUGUUAAUCAAUAAGGUUAGCUUACCACAUUAACAAAUGAAAAGCGUGCUGGUUGCUUGUGCAAGAACUCGGAAAUUUUCCUGAGAAGUUAAUUUUUAGGUUUUUAUAGUUCCAUGAUAAAAUGAAUUUUUCAUUCAUGCUCUUUCUCAUCCACAAUGUUAUUAUUAUAGCACCCUUGAAUGUCGAUCUCUCUAGAUAUUGAUUUACGUUUCCAUAGUUCAUUAAAAACCUCUUAAUGUGAAUUGAGAGGAUACUCCAUCAUGGUGAAGAAAUAAAAGACCAACAAAUCCAGGAUACAUACUCAUAGUGUGUGUGCGUAAAUAUAUAUAUAUACAAGAACCACCCUUAUAGGGUGCAAAUUACAGAACCAUUGGGAUGUAAUUCAAGGGUCGAGAUCGUGCGCAACAGAGACUGAAACUGCUAAUUGACCACUUAGAACUCAGUUAGCGGAUUUAGGUUGUGUAGCAACUCGCAAGCGAUCAAUGUCAUUCGUUUCACUCCAUCCAUGGCUGCAAAUUGCAAUAAGGUAAACCCUACAAGGGUGGUUCUAACUGGAAAUAUAAAUUGUACUUGUUUGGCAAUUAACGGAUAAUUGAUUGCAUUCUUUGAUAGCUGAUUACCUGAAUUCAUUUUAUCAUUAUCAAGAUUGCUCAUCCAGUCCUCUAGUAUAUCGAAACUGCUGAUCAGUCCUCUAGUUUCCAAACACCAACAUGAGAGGAUCGUCAAAUCCUCUAACAUGGAUCAAAACCACUAAUUAAUGCUCAAUUCUCUGUAUACCAUACAUGGCCAUAUUGCUAAGACUAUAUAGUCUAUAUGUCUGUGUUUAAUGUCUACAUGAUGCUCUUCAA